UUUAUUUUAACAGUUUGUGGCUUGUGCAUCAUCCAAUUUUCAAUUUCCGAUUUUUAGUGAAAAAUGCCCUUUUCAUGAAAUAUAUGUGACGUGAAGUGUUAACAAACUCUUCAAAAUGACUACAACAAUCGAAAUUCCUCUCCGUGACACGGAUGAGGUUAUAGAGCUUGACUCUGAUCAGUUGCCUGAUGGAGACGAAGUUUUGGGUAUUUUACGACAAGAAAAUACCCAGUUGUUUAUAUGGGUUAAUCUUGCGCUGGAGUAUUACAAACAAGGUAAAAUUGAAGAUUUUAUUAAAAUACUUGAAGCUUCACGAACUGAUGCCAAUGUCGAUUACCGAGACUAUGAAAAGGAUCAAAUGCGAGCCCUUGAUAUGCUUGCCGCAUAUUAUGUACAAGAAGCCAACAGGGAGAAAAAUAAGGACAAAAAACGAGAGUUGUUUACUAAAGCAACUCUUCUGUACACCACAGCUGAUAAAAUUAUUAUGUACGACCAAAACCAUCUUUUGGGAAGGGCCUAUUUUUGCCUCCUUGAAGGCGAUAAGAUGGAACAAGCGGAUGCGCAGUUUAAUUUCGUUUUGAAUCAGUCACCUAAUAAUAUACCGUCAUUGUUGGGGAAAGCUUGCAUUGCGUACAAUAAAAAGGAUUUCCGAGGGGCUUUGGCUUUUUACAAGAAAGCUUUGAGGACCAAUCCAAACUGUCCUGCUGCAGUACGACUAGGAAUGGGUCACUGUUUUAUGAAACUGAAUAACCAAGAAAAAGCCAGAUUGGCAUUUGAGAGAGCACUCCAACUGGAUCCACAAUGUGUAGGAGCUCUGGUUGGCUUAGCUAUCCUCAAAUUAAAUUUACAACAACCAGAAUCGAUUCGCAGUGGUGUUCAGAUGUUAUCCAAAGCUUACACCAUUGAUUCUUCCAAUCCGAUGGUUUUGAAUCAUUUGGCCAAUCAUUUCUUCUUCAAAAAAGAUUACAGUAAAGUCCAACAUUUGGCACUUCAUGCCUUCCACAACACGGAAAAUGAAGCAAUGAGGGCUGAAAGUUGUUAUCAGUUAGCGAGGGCUUUCCAUGUACAGGGUGACUAUGACCAAGCUUUCCAAUAUUACUAUCAGGCGACGCAAUUUGCACCGACUGCGUUUGUCCUACCACAUUUCGGGUUAGGACAAAUGUAUAUUUACCGAGGCGAUGCAGAAAAUGCCGCCCAAUGUUUCGAAAAAGUAUUAAAAGCCCAACCCGGCAAUUACGAAACGAUGAAAAUUUUGGGUUCACUGUAUGCAAACUCAUCGUCUCAGUCAAAGCGCGAUAUCGCUAAGAAUCAUCUAAAAAAAGUAACGGAACAAUUUCCCGAUGAUAUUGAAGCAUGGAUCGAAUUGGCCCAAAUUUUGGAACAAUCCGAUCUUCAAGGCUCACUCAAUGCAUACGGAACGGCGAUUCAAAUUUUAAAUAAAGACGUGCAAGCUGAUAUACCGACCGAAAUCUUGAAUAAUGUAGGUGCGCUACAUUACCGACUGAACAAUCUAGAAGAAGCGAAGAAAAAUCUCGAAGAGGCUCUAACGCGAGCUAAAACUGAAGCAGAACAUGAUCCACAGUAUUAUAAUUCGAUUUCGGUGACGAUUACUUAUAACCUGGCUAGGUUGAACGAAGCCUUGUGUUUGUUUGAUAAAUCUGAAAAAUUGUAUAAGGACAUAUUGAAAGAGCGACCAAAUUAUGUUGAUUGUUAUUUGAGACUGGGUUGUAUGGCACGUGAUAAAGGUCACAUCUACGAAGCUUCUGAUUGGUUUAAGGAAGCUUUGAGGUUUAAUACAGAACAUCCUGAUGCGUGGUCAUUGCUUGGUAAUCUUCAUUUAGCUAAGGCAGAGUGGGGACCUGGUCAGAAGAAAUAUGAAAGGAUUUUAAAGAAUCCGGCAACUUCGCAAGACUCUUAUUCCUUAAUUGCUUUGGGAAACGUUUGGUUGCAAACCCUUCAUCAACCAACCAAAGACAAAGAACGAGAAAAACGCCAUCAAGAAAGAGCAUUAUCAAUGUUUAAACAAGUUUUAAAAAUUGACCCGAAAAACAUCUGGGCUGCAAAUGGAAUCGGAGCCGUUUUAGCUCACAAAGGAGCGGUUAAUGAAGCACGUGAUAUUUUCGCACAAGUUAGAGAAGCUACCGCAGAUUUUUGCGACGUUUGGUUGAAUAUUGCACAUGUUUAUGUUGAACAGAAACAAUUUGUCAGCGCCAUACAGAUGUACGAAAAUUGCUUGAGAAAAUUUUUCAAGUAUAAUAACGUUGAAGUACUCCAGUAUUUGGCUAGAGCGUAUUAUAAAGCUUCCAAGUUGAAGGAAGCAAAGAUGGUGUUACUGAAAGCACGUCGAGUUGCUCCACAUGAUACAGUUUUACUGUAUAAUAUUGCUUUAGUCUUACAGAGGUUAGCAACACAUAUUUUGAAGGACGAAAAAUCGACUUUACAGACCGUUCUUCAGGCGGUACACGAACUUGGGUUAUCUCUAAAAUAUUUUACUUAUUUGGCUGAAUUUGGUGAUAAAAUGCGCUAUGAUGUGACUUUGGCAGCUAUGGAAGCACGCCAAUGUAAAGAUUUACUUUCUCAAGCGCAAUAUCACGUUGCCAGAGCACGAAGAGUAGAUGAAGAAGAACGUCAAUUGAGAAGGAAACAAGAAGAUGAAAGAACCGCAUUUAAGAUGCGCCAACUUGAAGAACAGAAGAAAGUGGAAGAAGAAAUGCGUUUAACCAAAGAACAGCUCCUUCAAAAACGUCAAGAAUACAAAGAGAAGACUAAAAACGCUCUCCUGUUUAUGGAAAUUCCAAGCGAGAAAACGAAAGGAAAAGGCAAAGGUCGCAAAGAUCAAUACAUCAGUGAUUCGGGAAGUGAUCGCGAAAAUCAAGAAGGUGGCGAACCGAAAGAAAGAGGACGCAAAAGGCAACGAAGCAAAGACCGAAAGAGGAAAGGUGGCAGUGGACGCAAACGAAGAGAAAAAGGUGGUCAUUCAGAUUCGGAAAGUGAUCGUCCGAAAAAUAAACGCAGUCGAAAGAAGUUUAAAGAAUCGAAAGGGAAGCAGAAAGAUGAAGGACUCAGUGCGAAACAAAAGAGUCGGAUUGUUUCGAAAGCUACUAUCUCGACUAGUGAAGAUGAUAGUGAUGAUGGAAAAUUGAAGAUUGCAAGUGGGGAUGAAAGUGAUAGUCGUGGACGAAAGAGGAAGAUUUCUUCGGGAUCGGAAAGUCGUUCCAGAUCUAGAUCUCGAUCCAGAUCGAAGAGUGGGUCAAGAUCAAGAAGUGGAUCCCGUUCAAGAUCACGAAGUAGUUCAAGAUCGAAAUCUGGUUCAAGAAGUAGAAGUGUGUCAAGGUCUAAAUCACGUUCACGUUCACGAUCGAAGUCUGGAUCCAGAUCUAGGUCCAGAUCCAGAAGUCGAUCCAAAUCUGGAUCACGGUCACGAUCACGAUCGCCUUCAAGGUCUAGGUCUAGGUCUAGGUCAAGGUCGCAAAGUGGGUCUAGAAGGUCUAGGUCAGGAAGUGGCUCUAGAAGUAAGAGUAGGAGCAAGAGUCGGAGUAAGAGUAGGAGCAAGAGUCGGAGUAAGAGUAGGAGCAAAAGUCGGAGUAAGAGUAGGAGUCGGAGUAGGUCUGGAUCUCCUGAAAAGCAGUCAGGGAGUGAGAAAGGAUCGAGAGCGUCUUCACCUGCUGGAAGUGACUAGGUUAAGGUUAGCUUUAUGGUAGAACAUAGUAAUAUUAAUUAUGAACAAGUAAAUAAAAACUUUUAUUAAACGA